UUGUUUUCAAAACUAGAGGCAGCCAGGGAGAUACCAAUGAAAAUGGCGGCGAUGGGGUCCGCCAAAUCCGCCAGCGGAUUAGGACCGAGAGGAAGAACCAGGCCCGCUACCGUACCUUGCAUUCGCACACCUGCACGAGUGCUCACUAUAGAGGAGGUCAGGUGUCCGGUAUGUUUGGAUAUUUUGUUGGAGCCCGUGACUAUGCCAUGUCGGCAUUCUGUGUGUCUGCAUUGUUUCGAGCGAACUGUAGAGUUUAGUUUAUGCUGUCCCCGUUGCCGGUUACGAGUGUCCAGCUGGGCCCGUAAACAGUCCCGUGAGAAAAGCCUGGUGAACACCGAACUCUGGGACAUGGUUCGGAAGAGUUAUCCGGACAACUGCAAACGCCGAUUGGACCAGCGAGCAGGAGAGGCCGUGGGUGAAGAGAUUUUCCGAUCACUGGCGCAAAUUUGCAAGACAGAUCUCCGACAGGACCAUGACAAGCAAAAGCUGAAGGUAGGGCCAAAUGAAGAGAAAGAGGAGAAGAGGAGAAAAGCGGCGCUCCAUCGAAAAGAAGACUCAAAUGCCCCUAAACCCUUCCAAGACCCGUUGUGCGGAGUGCUCUCCGACUCGGAGAACGAGGAGCCUAUCGGGAGGAGGACGAGGCAUGUGUCUGCUUUUGUCCGCAAGACAAGAACGUCUCCAGCCUUUAGCAGAAGUCUCCCAAACAGCUUGGUGAAGAGGAGCAGGAGCUGUACGGACACAGAGGAACAUAGAGGCAAAAUGAGAGGCCUUCCACACGUCCCCGUGCCAGACAAGGUAAGCAUCGUGCACAGCUUCAAUGCCGGAAUCCUGCUGUCGUCGGAGAACAGCCGUUCCCUCUCGGCGCCGGUUCUCAUCCCGGAGCGCCGGCACCACUGGCGGAACGUUCUGGCCAGCUCCACGCCGUUCCCGUUCCCGUUCCCGUUCCCCGCGGCGCCGGCGUCCAAGCCCGAGCGCUCCAUCAGCCCCGAGAGCAACGACAGCAUCUCGGAGGAGCUGAACCACUUCAAGCCCAUCGUCUGCUCGCCCUGCACCCCGCCCAAGCGGCUGCCCGACGGCCGCGUCAUGGAGCCCACCAUCGUCAAGUCCACCCCGCGCAACCUGAGCCGCAGCCUGCAGAGGAACACCAGCUACGAGGCCAGCCCCAGCAUCCUGCAGAAGUGGCGGCAGGUGGAGGUGGACCGCCAGAACCACAUCAAGGUCACCUCCAAGGGCACCGUCACCAGCCCCGUCGCCGAGGAGCUCCGUCUCAAGGAGAGGCCGCCGCGGGAGUCGGGCGACGGGAAGCCGUGCGACUGCGUCCCGCCCAAGGCCGGGGAACGGGAGAGCUCGCGCUGCACGUGCGGGAAACAGCCGGAGUCUGCGGGCGCGGCCAGGGAGAAGAGCGCCGUUAGCAACAAGCGCAGGCUGAUCUUUGACCAGUGCGCCGGAGAGGGAGAGAGAGAGGGAGAGGGGGAGGUAGGACUGAGUGUGGGCUCGUGUUCAGCAGCUCUAUCUAGACUCAAGCCUGCAGGAGCUGAGCAUGGACGCGUGAACCAGCUCCCCGACACACAAGGCCCGCGCGGCCCAGACACACCAGGUGAGGUGGAGCAAAAGGAGUCCGUGUUGGACGGGCGCGCAGGAUCCGGCCGUAGCGAUCCGAAAGGUUUGGACUCACCAGAGUCCAGCGUUAGGAACUGUGCCCAGAACAGACCUACCUCACGCAGGGGCAAGAAGCAGCAGGGGGAGGCCAGCGUUAGGAACUGUGCCCAGAACAGACCUACCUCACGCAGGGGCAAGAAGAGGAGUCAGAAGACCAAACACCUGGAGGGAGACGAAGGCCAGGUGAAGAGGACCAGGCCGGAGGAGCCGGUGGACGAGCCGGAGGCGUGCGGCCGAGAGACGGAGCUCCACGCGCGGCGACUUCACCAGGAGAGAGAGGACCGAGAGACGGAGCUCUACGCGCGGCGACUUCACCAGGAGAGAGAGGACCGAGAGCUGGCGCUCAGCCUCCAGAGACAGUUUGACAAGGAGCGUCAAAAGAUGGACAGGCAGAAGACGAGUCCCGACAAGUACCCGCUCCGAUCGUGGGCCUCCGCAGACAUCCAAUCGGAGAACAAGCCACGCAGAUCAGGAAGAAUCUCUAAAAAGAAAGAGCACUUUAAUUACAACUGUUAAUAGUACUUUGCCUUUUUGUAAGCGAACAUUCACUAUUUUUAUGACCUUUGUUUUCUUUGACUUGUAGCAUUUUCAUUCCACUCACGUCAAGCCAGUGAUAAAGCGAAUGGACGGUCUUAGAGGGAAUUAAGGUUUAAAAAAAAAAAAAAAAAAAAACGAAGAGCAAUAACAAUAUCUACAAAAUGUAUUUCAUGCCAAUUGAGCUUCAUUCCGCUUAAUGUCUUUCAUAGAAAGUUAAUUUGGUACUACUAUGCGUUCUGUCCUCAUUGAUACUCAGCGUGGCAUGUGUGCACAUUUGUGAAUAUGAGUAAGUAAGUAUAUGAAGGUGAAAGAGUCCGUUUGAGUUUGGAGAGCUCAGAUUGUGAUGCAAUGAGGCUGUCAUUUUUCUUGUUUACUGUGUCAUUUAGAGAACAUAAGCUCUUGCAAAAUGAAAGAAUCCAUGUAGCCAGCUGAAAAUCCAAGGGUUUGUACAGACCUUGAUAUUUCAGUGCUUUUUUUAAUUUUAUUCUAUUAUGAAACAGGAUGUGUGAAAUGUUACAAGUCUCACUGCUAUACUGUAUCAGAUAAGUGUAGUUUAUCUGAAAAGGGACAUGUUGAAGUCAGUGGAAGGUAUUUCAAAUGAGAUGAUAUAAGUAGGCUUCCUGAACUAUGAUUUGAACUUUGAUCAAAUAUAAACACGGCAGUGUGUAAUUGGUGUUGACCAGAGGUUCUGGGCAAACAUUUUCUUGUUUGUUCAGCAGACUUGAUAUUUAAUUAACAAGUUUAAUGCUUUAAGUUUAAUACCAUAAAGAAUGAGUUCACAAUGAUUCCUUUGAGGGUCAUGAUGCAAAAUGUUGCUUUUAGAGAUUUGUUUUAGAUCAAUUUCAGGAAUUUUUUUUUUUUUUGGCCUCACGGUUUGUGAAUUUGUUUGACUUUUUUUUUUAAGGGCUAUUAUAUUUUGUUAAGAUUUAUUGUUUGCCAUUUUCCUCAGAACUCUAUUUACAUACUUCAUAAUUAUGCCAAAAGAGCUUUAAUCAUGACCGCUAAUUGUAAAUUCCACACCUUUUGACAGGUGGCGUAUAAAUAUUUUGAUAUGCACAGUUGGUUCUAUGUAGGUUCACUGUUAUAGACUUGUCAUAGAGUUACAGAGAAUUUUGGAUGUGUGCCAAAAUGAGCUCUAUUUGCUAGUUGUGUGUUUUUGUUGACCUCCUCCUUAUGAUAAUCAGAAUGCAGAAUGUUUGAGCUGUCACUAGAUAAUGUUGAUUUUUCAUGCAGUACUGUACAUGGACAGAAUGAUGGUUUGUUUCUGUUCUGAUUUCAAACAGAACAUUUCUUGCCUAAUAGAAGAACUUCAUUCGGAUGCAAAGAAGAGAAGACCCCCACCCCCCACCCUGUUAUUUUACUGCACUUGGCCUAUCUUCCACUUGUCAAGCAUCAGUGAUUUGGCAUGUAUGUUGUAUUUAGCAUAGACAAUACAAAAUAUACUCUAAUUUAAUUACCACAUGAAUGAUAGGGCCUACUGUUCUUCUUUUUUUAUUUAGAUUUAAUAUUGAUAUUAUUUAUGGCCUUUCAAGACUUGGGAUUGUCUCCUUUCAGCUCAAUCAAACACUAUCACUGCAGUGACCUGAGUACUAAUCAUGUACACUCUUUUGUAUAUGUGUAGCAUAAUAAGACAGAUCUUAUAUUUUAUUACACACGUGAGUAUAUCUUCCCUGGGUCACUGUUUUAUCCCAGCUAAGAGAAUACCCUGAAACCAGUUGGGACAGUAUGUCAGGGUUGUUUGUGAUCUUUUCAGUAUCAAAUAAACCCACGUAAGUGUUUUCAACCCUCUGA